AUGUCUCGGCCCUCACACAAAGCAGUGCACUCCGUCCCACCUUACACUCUGACUCGGCUGGCACGAGAGUGGCUGGCAGAGGACACACCAAACUUUGACCUGGCAGGAGUGUGCGUGGGGUCAAAGGAAGUCGAGGCACAGUUGCUGUGUAAAACACCAAACAGCAUCCUGGCAGGGAGCCCCUUCUUCACAGCAGUGUUCACUGAGGUUGGCUGCACCGUGGACUGGAUUCAUCAAGAGGGAGCUGAGAUUGGUCCAGAUGCUAUUACGCUGACUGCUGUGGUGAGAGGCCCAGCCAGGUGCCUCCUCCUCGGGGAAAGACCGGCUCUCAACUGCCUGGCUCGGGCCUCGGGCAUCGCCACACGCUGUUCUCGGCUCCAGGCAAUGGCAACAGCGAAAGGCUGGCAUGGAGAAGUAGCGGGCACACGCAAAACCACCCCGGGCUUCCGUCUGGUGGAAAAGUAUGCCAUGCUGGUUGGCAGUGUGUCCAUGCAUAGACAGGACCUGAGUGGAAUGGUGAUGCUGAAGGACAACCAUGUCUGGGCAUCAGGAAGUAUCACACAGGCGGUGAAAGCUGCCCGGUCGGUGUCUGGCUUCAGCAGUAAGAUCGAGGUGGAGUGCCGCUCUGCAGAGGAGGGCAGAGAGGCAGCUGGAGCCGGAGCAGACAUUGUUAUGCUGGACAACUUUCAACCUCAGGAGCUCCAUGUUGCAGCUCAUGCCCUGAAGGAGGAGUUCCCAACACUACUGAUCGAGGCCAGUGGAGGAGUGACUCCGGAGAACUUGGCGACGCAUUUAUCCCCACAUGUGGACAUCAUUUCUCUGGGCUGCAUAACACAGGGAUGCCCAGUUGUGGACUUUUCACUCAAGGUUCAAAAGCCUGUUGUUAACUCAAGCCUGCAAGAAUGA